AUGGAGACAGUUCAUGCUGGGAAGUUGACCCUUGUCCCCAGUCACCGUAGCACAAUUAACUGCUGCCCCAUCACGUGUUGCCAAAACCUCCCAAGAGAGACCGUGCUGCCCACUGGAGCGCCCGCCCACGCCGCGCCACCGGAACGCCCGCCCACUGGAGCGCCCGCCCACGCCGCGCCACUGGAGCGCCCGCCCACGCCGCGUCACCGGAGCGCCCGCCCACUGGAGCACCCGCCCACGCCGCGCCACCGGAACGCCCGCCCACUGGAGCGCCCGCCCACGCCGCGCCACCGGAACGCCCGCCCACUGGAGCGCCCGCCCACGCCGCGCCACUGGAGCGCCCGCCCACGCCGCGUCACCGGAGCGCCCGCCCACUGGAGCACCCGCCCACGCCGCGCCACCGGAACGCCCGCCCACUGGAGCGCCCGCCCACGCCGCGCCACCGGAACGCCCGCCCACGCCGCGCCACCGGAACGCCCGCCCACGCCGCGCCACCGGAACGCCCGCCCACGCCGCGCCACCGGAACGCCCGCCCACGCCGCGCCACCGGAACGCCCGCCACUGGAGCACCCACCCACACUGCACCACUGGAGCACCCGCCCACGCCGCGCCACUGGAACGCUCGCCACUGGAGCGCCCGCCCACGCCGCGCCACUGGAACGCCCGCCCACUGGAGCGCCCGCCCACGCCGCGCCACUGGAGCGCCCGCCCACGCCGCGCCACUGGAGCGCCUGCCCACGCCGCGCCACUGGAGCGCCCGCCACUGGAACGCCCGCCCACGCCGCGCCACUGGAGCACCCGCCACUGGAGCGCCCGCCCACGCCGCGCCACUGGAGCGCCCGCCCAUGCCGCGCCCGCCCAUGCCGCGCCACUGGAGCGCCCGCCCAUGCCGCGCCACUGGAGCGCCCGCCACUGGAGCGCCCGCCCACGCCGCGCCACUGGAGCGCCCGCCCACGCCGCGCCACUGGAGCGCCCGCCACUGGAGCGCCCGCCCACGCCGCGCCACUGGAGCGCCCGCCACUGGAGCGCCCGCCACUGGAGCGCCCGCCACUGGAGCGCCCGCCCACGCCGCGCCACUGGAGCGCCCGCCCACGCCGCGCCACUGGAGCGCCCGCCACUGGAGCACCCGCCCACACCGCACCACUGGAGCACCCGCCCACACCGCGCCACUGGAGCACCCGCCCACACCGCGCCACUGGAACGCUCGCCACUGGAGCACCCACCCACGCCGCGCCACUGGAACGCCCGCCACUGGAGCACCCGCCCACGCCGCGCCACUGGAACGCCCGCCACUGGAGCGCCCGCCCACGCCGCGCCACUGGAACGCCCGCCACUGGAACGCCCGCCCACGCCGCGCCACUGGAGCGCCCGCCCACGCCGCGCCACUGGAGCGCCCGCCACUGGAGCACCCGCCCACACUGCACCACUGGAGCACCCGCCCACGCCGCGCCACUGGAGCACCCGCCCACUGGAGCACCCGCCCACGCCGCGCCACUGGAACGCCCGCCCACUGGAACGCCCGCCCACGCCGCGCCACUGGAACGCCCGCCCACUGGAGCACCAGCCCACGCCGCGCCACUGGAACGCCCGCCCACGCCGCGCCACUGGAACGCCCGCCCACGCCGCGCCACUGGAAUGCUCGCCACUGGAACGCCCGCCCAUGGGGAGCCCAGUAUGCACAUGCACAGCGAUAUACCCCCGCCCAAGACCGGAAUCUGUGCCGACGUAACGUCUCUCAACCAAAGGGUGUGGCAUAGGCACCGCUCCAGAGGGGUGGAGUAA